GUCGCUUCCUCCCGGCUGGUAGGCUGCGGCUAUGGAAGGCGAGCCGCCUCCGGUGGAGGAGCGGCGGCGGCUGCAGGAGGAGCUGAGCGAGUUCGUGGAGAGCUGCUGCCGGACGCUGGAGGAGGUGACGGCGUCCCUGGGCUGGAACCUGGAUAGUCUGGAUCCCGGGGAAGAGGAGGCGGCGGAGGUGAGGGGCGCGGCAGCGGGGCCUUUUGGGGACGGCGGCCGGCGGGCUUGUGUGGCGGUGGCGGAACACGCGCGGUGUGCCCGGAGGGAAGGGCGAGGAGCCCCGGUCCUUAAGCAGAGCUGUAGCUGGCGCCCGGGACCCGAGAGGCGCCGUGGGCCCUGGCGCAGCCUUGACGUCUCCGAGUCCGGGGCUGGGGCACGCGGGGGCCUCCGGGAGCUCCACCGACGUCGGAUAAUUAAACAAGCUAGAACCACAGUUGGAAAAGAUGGUGAUUAUAACAAUCAAAGGAUUUAUUCUUCAUUGCCUGUUGAAGUUCCUCUGAAUCACAAACGGUUUGUUUGUGAUCUAACUCAAGCUGAUCGUCUUGCCCUCUAUGAUUUUGUAGUUGAGGAGACAAAGAAACAGCGAUCUGAUUCUCAGAUCAUUGAAAAUGACAGUGAUCUCUUUGUAGACUUGGCUGCUAAAGUCAAUCAAGCUGUUUGUGUUUUGGCUCUUUGGAUUAUGAGCUUGAGAACGUGUCUUCAUCAUAACCCCUAUGCCUGGAGUGAAGAAAGGCGAUCAGCUUCUGUAGAUUCACGACAGUCUGUUGGAAGUUAUUUGGAUGCUGAAUGUUCACGACAUAGAAGGGAUCGGAGUAGGAGCCCACAUAAACGAAAAAGAAAUAAAGAUAAGGAUAAAAACUGUGAAUCGAGAAGAAGGAAAGAGAGGGAUGGAGACAGACAUCAUAGUCAUAAAAGAAGAAAGCAAAAAAUAUAAAUGGAGUAUUUGUGCAUGUAUUAAUUAUGCUUAUGCCAUGAUAACCAGUAUGCUAAUAUUUUAAUUGGAAUUGCUUUGCAUAGGAAAAUGUGUUUAAAUGAUGUUUAGUGUUCAUUAUUUUCAAUAAAUACUUACACUUCAAACUGUGAGUA